AUGGCCCAAAGUGACUUCCUUUACCCAGAGAACCCAAAAAGGCGGCAAGAAGUAAAUCGUCUUCACCAGCAGCUCCUUGAUUGCUUAUCUGACAGCUUCAAUGUCACCAAUCAGCUGACUGAGGUUCUAAAUAUGCACUUGGGGUGCAGGCUGGCCUCCAUUGAGAUGAAAAGAGAUGGGACCAUCAAAGAAAACUGUGAUAUCAUCAUCCAAGCCAUUAUGAAAAUCCAAAAGGAAUUGCAAAAGGUUGAUGAAGCACUAAAAGAUAAGCUAGAGCCAACCCUCUAUAGAAAACUUCAGGAUAUUAAGGAAAAGGAAACAGAGAAAAUUGCAAUAGUGCAAAAGGUUAUUUCGGUCAUCCUGGGAGAAGCUACAUCUGCAGCCAGUGCAGUCGCUGUUAAACUUGUGGGCUCAAAUGUCACAACUGGCAUAAUUAACAAGUUGGUCACUGUGUUAGCUCAAAUUGGUGCUUCUCUCCUUGGUAGUAUUGGAGUUGCUGUUCUUGGCCUUGGCAUAGAUAUGAUUGUCCGUGCCAUCCUGGGAGCAGUGGAAAAAACACAGCUUCAAGCAGCCAUCAAAAGUUAUGAGAAGCAUCUGGUGGAGUUCAAAUCAGCCUCAGAAAAAUAUAAUCAUGCCAUUACUGAGGUCACCAAUACAGUGAAACACCAAAUGAAAUGAACAGCCAUUUUAUCUGCCACUGAAGUGUUCUUCUGCUUCCUUUUCAGUAACAGGGUUUGCUUCUUUGAUUAGAUUC